GACUUUUCCAGAUACUACCGUGAUAUGUAUCAACUUGAUAAUAUCAUAAGCCAUUAUGGGUUUGAUGCUGACUUAGGGAUGUCUUGAAGCUUUGACAUUCCUGCCACCUAGGAGGUCACCAUGAUUACGUCAUCAUUCAUUCCAAUGUUCAGCUUGUACAGCACUACAUCCUAAGCUUCCAACGACAUUCAACAUUCGAUUCAAUUGUUUCUAUACCAAAAGUCUCAUACACCCACUAUAUUCAACAUUUACUUGCACGUAAAAUUACAAAGAUGGUCGUCGCCGGUACAUAUUCACGCGUUCAAAGAACUAUUGAUCGCGUUGUAACCCCUGAACGGAGAUCCCAGUUUUAUGGACAAGUUUCCGAGUUCUUUCAGGAACAACCCCUUAUUGCUACAUUCCUCCUCGCAACCCUGAGCAUCUCUCUUGUGCCUCUCUUCCUCUUUACAACAUUCACCCUCUCGGUCCUCGCGCUCUCCUUCGUAUCCGCUAUUCUCUUCUCGUUCUUCUGGAUCGGAAUUGCUUUACUCUUACUUGUGCCAACUCUCUUCGUUACUUGCGGACUGGGAAUUCUGGUAUGGGUAUGGGCUGUUAGUUCAUGGGUUGUGGCAAGAUGGCUUUAUGGAUUUGUGCCUGCGAGUAAUGGGGCGGGAGAAUUGAGAUUCCCGAACGGAAAGAAAAUGGUAGUUAAGAAGGAGGAGGGAGAGGCGCCAAGAGCGGAAUAUAGAAAUGGGAUUUGACUACGCGAUGCUAUGAGAGUUCAGGUUGAAGACGGUCCGCGAAGUGGGGAGCAAGGGUGGUAGAUAGGUAAUCGGGAGAGCUUGGAGUAUCUUGGUUGUAAGAGUAGAAAUUUGGGAUUAUGGAAAUAGAUGGAUGAACGGGGCGAACGGGGUACAUAGAAUGGGAUAUUAGGGAACUUUGAAUAGGAAUGGAAUACGGAUAAGUUUCCUUCAGCCAAUUUCUCCUGGAAUUAUUUCAUUUGCAUUGUCAUGAGUUCUUUAUCAAGACGAAGUUUUGUCUUGAACUAGAUCCUAUUCUAGUUUAAUGAUAUACUCAAAAUGCACUCUUUAAUUCA